AUGACCCCGAAGGACUUUAGUGCGAUCACAGGUUUACCCGUUUGUGGGAAGCCUUUAAAAUAUGACAUGGAGGCCCACAAAAAACCUAAGGAGGUAGUGAGGCUAUUUGGGACCCCCAUUGCAAGCCUGAUUAAUACCAAGAUAAAAUACAGGGACAUUGUGGAGAAGUAUAAGGGGUGGAAGCCGCAAACCGCUGUACAAGAACACCAUCUUGCUAAAGUCGAUGAGAUUAAAGACUACAAUUGGGGCGGGGCUGGGUUGUCAUGCCUGUAUUUGUCGAUGGAUGCUAUUUCCAGAAGAAUAGUGUCAAGCUCAGGAGGGUAUUGGCGGGCUUGGGAGGUAUGGGCGUGUGAGUACUUGAAGCCACUUGCUUUAAGUCGACCAUGUACCGAUGAAGAUAGUCAAUGGCCGCGCGCGUUACGUUGGUUGAGUGCCCCGGAUGUGCGGGAAACAUCCCACAACUUGGAGCAAUUUAGGAUAACAUUGAGAUAUAUCACUACUGAUCAAGUCAAUUGGUAUCCAUGGGGAACUGAUGAUACAACCCUACCGCAUUAUGUGCAAAGCAGCAUUCCAGCUACAAAACAAAGAAUUCUACUACAAGGACCAGCCGGGUAUGCUUGGUAUUUAGGGGAAAGAGUAGCCGUGCAAAGCUUAGGUGCACCAGAUCAGCGGAUCCCAAAAAGACCCCCUCCAACCAUGCUCAAAGACAUGAAAGUGUAUGCCGUGGACAAUAAAACCAAAGCAUCACUGAAGGGAUUUAAGGCUGAUGACUGGUUUGCUGAGAAGGCCGAUUAUGGAGUCUUUCGAAAUGAGUAUGUCAGAUAUAAGCAUUAUCCAAGUGUCACCGACAAUGUAAGUUUUAGCUUUCCUAAUGGUCCUUCCUAA